AUGAAGUUUCUCCCACUCCCCGAUUUCGUGACCGUCACGAGCGCCCUGAAUUUCGACACGCCGGACUGCCAUGUCUCAGGCGGCUGUGACCUCUACACAACCAAAUCCACGGGUCAAGACAAGAAGCUGUACAAGAAUAUCGACAAGUCUCUCGAGAACCAGCACGCCUCGCUCGUAAAGUUUGGCGCAAGCCUCAGCCCACCCCAGCGCGCCGAGAUGUCGGCCAGCCUGAAUCUGUCGCGCUCCAGCCCGUUCGGAUCACUGGCCGACAUCUCGAGCCGCCGCACCUUCGCGUACCUGAUUGCGACCCUGAACGCGUCCCACCCAGACUACGACUUCUCUCACGUCCUGCGACCGAGCGACUUUAAGCGAGAGAAGAGCCUCAAGAGGGUGAUGAACAACCUCGACAGCACACUCGGCAACACGCGUGCGGGCGUUGUCGCCGGCCCGGACUUUUCGCUUUCGCGCAGUUGCAGCUCCGACAACGGCGCGGCAGACCCUGUCUGGGGUCCCCAGACCUGGGCUCUGAUCAACAAGCAGAUGAUGCUUGAGGACUGCACAGUCUUCAGCUACCAGCCGGCCGAGAAUCCAUUUGAUGAGGAGGAGGGCGCCAUCUGGAUGCUACACUACUUCUUCUUCAACAAGGCGCUGAAGCGCGUGGCGUAUCUGCACGCCCGCGGAGUGCCCGUCACCAGCCACAGCCGGCGCGGUGUUCUCGACGGAGCUGGCUACUCAAUAGGUGCUCGCCUGCACGGCGCCGGCGCUGCAUCUGGGGCAUACAACGACGACGAUUCGUCGGAGGAGUACGGACCGUUGUCGGCCUCGCUCAAGCGUGGAUAUAGCGACUUUGCGGGCGCAAACAAGCGCGCAAAGUUCUGGUUCGGUGACCGGGCCGCCAGCCGAGUGCCGGCGGACUCUGACGACGAGAUGGACGACGGCAUGAUCUGGAACCGCACGGCCGAUGGCGAGUUCGACGACGGCUACCGAAACUACGACGAUGACGACGACGAUGAUGACGAUGUGAGGAACCGCGACGAUGAUGACACCUCUGAGGAGGAGGGGGAUGAGUCCGAUACCGACCUGCGGAUACCAUCCAAGGGCCCCAUCCGUGCCGUCAGUGAGGACAUUGCGUCUCGCAUGGAGAUCGAGUGA